AAUCGAACGCGUCAGCAGCCCGUUAGCAGUAAAGCAACGACCAAAAGAAAAGGCACUGCAGCGGAGGACUGCCCAAGAUGUUCCAGUGAGAGUGAGGGAUGCCAGGUAUGAGUCAGAAUAACCCCUGUUUGUGGAAACAGCUCCCCCUGAGAAGCAGCCUGUCCCCGUGCGACCGCUACAAGCACGCCUGUUGCAGCUACAAUGCAAACGUCUACGUCCUGGGAGGCAGAGAGAACAGCUGCCUGAGGGACUUCUGGAAAUACAAUGUGGUGUCUGAUGAAUGGACCGAGUUGAGCUGCAGUGGUGAAGCGGCACCAGAGGAGCUAGAGGGACAUUCUAUGGUAGCUCACAAGGGUUUCCUGUACGUGUUUGGAGGCCUGUUGGACUCUGCAUACACCACAUGCAGAUGUGCUCUCUGGGUGUUCGACAUCGCAAAGCAGAAGUGGGUGCAGUGGCAGGGAAAGAGGAGCUUGCUUCAGACCCAAAUGCCGACCAACAGGAAGGGCCACAGCGCCGUGGUGCUCGGCUCUGCCAUGCUCAUGUACGGAGGAUUCAUUGACAUGAAAGGCACCUCCCAGGAUUUCUGGAGUUUGGACUUUAAUAUCAUGUCUUGGUCCCUGCUGAGUGGCUCUCAGCAGGACUCAUUAGGCCCAGGCCCCAGACACAGUCACUCAGCUGUAGCCUAUCAGGGCUGCGUGUACCUGUUUGGAGGCUUAAAAGGUUUACGGGAGCAGAGAGACUUCUGGAAGUGGAAUUCCAGCAGCCACACAUGGAGUUCACUCAAGUACGGCCCUCCUAAGCUCACAGGACACUCAGCUGUCACCUAUAAAGACUCAAUGCUCCUUUUCGGUGGAGGCGAGACCCAGGACUCUCCAAAGAACUGCCUGUGGAGAUACAGCUUCAUCACUCAGACCUGGAUGCAGCUCGCCACACUCCCGGGCUCCAACCCCCCAGACAAGAUCCACCACUGCUGCACUGGUCUGGGUCCCAGCUACAAAACCAGUAGCACCAGCAAGAGCUCAGACUCAGGACUCCAGCCCAGGUUACUGGGAGGGAAACUCAAGCCGUUUAAGAACAAGUGCUUCCCAGCACCACUCACCUACCUGGAGUCAGAUAACGCUAUAGAGCUGGAGACUUUCACUCCAGACAGAGAAGCCAACAGAAGUUCUUCAGAACUGGAGACCAGCAGAGAGGCCUUAAUAGAGAUAGAUGGUCAGCGUAUUGGAAGCUGCCUGACAUUUGAGAACAAAGCAUUCAUGAAACAAUGGAGCUGCUCAGAGGAGGAGGCGCUGGAGGGCAAGGAUGGAGACAUCACUCAGCAUCUGCCCGACCUGCUGCUGGUGCUCGGCGGAAAACCUUGUACGAGAACCAGCCCCAUCUCCAUGUGGCAGGUGACGCUGAUUGACUGAAUAAAUGAUUCUGUUCUCUGCGUGAGAAGCAUGUUUUAA